UCAUAAGAUAACGUGACGCUCUGGGCGGAGAGCCAUCUCUCCCCUCAUAACACUAGCUUUUAUCGGCUUUUUUGAAAGUUGUCAUUCAGACUUGACUCGGUGUCUGUGGUUGGUCUUACAGAGAGAAAAACGUCUAAAGGCCAAGUGUUCGGGUGAGGUAAGAGGAUGACACAGCACAAAUAGCUGUUGUUUUUUUUUUACGGGUCUUGAAGUAAGCAAGUUACAAAAUCUCACUCCUCCAAACAGUUGCGUACCUCCCUGUCACGUGACCGCGUUUCUUUGGGAGCAGCCACUUGAAGUAGUUUUUGGAUGUUUGGAAACAGCUGCUGCAGUUCAGACGCGUCCUCCUGACCCUAGCUACUGAUUUUCUGGCUCACUGAUGGCGAUGGAGAAUUUGAGGCAGUUCCUGUUCGCUCUCUCCGCUGCCGGAGCUGUCGGGUUUGUCGCCAUAAUAUUCGUGCUGAGGUGGGUUCUCCACUUUAAGGAAGGCUUGGACUGGAACGGAGGACUGGCUGAAUUCAACUGGCAUCCGGUGCUGGUCGUCACAGGCUUCAUUUUCCUGCAGGGCACAGCCAUAAUUGUCUACAGGCUUCCCUGGACCUGGCAGUGCAGUAAACUCAUGAUGAAGUUCAUCCAUGCAGGCUUGAACUUGACAGCCUUCAUUUUCGCUGUUAUUGCCAUGGUGGCUGUUUUUGACUUUCAUAACUCUGCCAAGAUCCCCAACAUGUACAGUCUGCACAGCUGGCUGGGCCUGACGGCAGUUAUACUGUAUGGUCUGCAGCUUGUUCUCGGAGUCGGCCUGUACCUGAUACCAGUUACACCUGUGGCCUGGAGAGCAGCUUUUAUGCCCAUCCAUGUCUACAGUGGUCUUUUUCUUUUCACCAGUAUCAUAGCAGUUGCUCUCAUGGGAAUUACAGAAAAACUUAUCUUUGGCCUGGCCAACCCAAAGUAUAAAGAUUCUCCCCCAGAGGCAAUCUUUGUGAAUGUGUUGGGACUCCUCCUGGUUGUUUUCGGGGCUCUUGUCCUCUGGAUUGCCACUCGAGAGUCUUGGAAACGCCCCAGUGACCAGACUGCGCAUUCUCUGCAUACCAACAGGGGAGGUGAGGACAACAGCAAAAGUGGUCCGGCAAUGUCUGAACUGGAAGAUGGAGCCAAUUGUGAGACCGAUGGAGAUGUCAGGAAGAGGAAUAGUAAAUAAAUCAGAGAGCUAGGCUGACAGUUUGUAUCAUAGGGAUAAACAAUGCUGUGCAAAAAUCUUCAAAUAAUCUCCAGUUUCCCAGGAAAUAUCUGUUGAAAUAUGCAAACAUUAAAAAGUGAAAAAAUAUA